CAUGUCUCUUCGUUUAUGUCUAAUCCACUCACCUCGGAAGGAGAAACAUGUUACAGACAACCAUUCCAGUUUACAGAAUUGUUUCAAAUAUUUAGUUGGACUUUUUCUCCGUAGUGAUGUGGAUUGUUCGUUUGCGUAUUUAUUGUUUCUUAUCGUUAUUUUUUAAUAUUCGCGAUUUGAAAGUUUUACGUGAUAAUUCGCGUGCGGAUUUCUUAACGAGUGUUUAUUAUUCUUCGCAUAAAAUUCUUCUCCAGAAAUGAUGCUUCGUAAUUAACCACAGAUGGGGUGAAGAGGAUAUUGGCCUGCUCAUGGUUUAUACACUAUGUUAUUGGUUAUUUUCUUAACAGGAGCGAUAUUGUGGAAUUUACCUUGGAGCAAAUAUGAAAAUGUUUUUUUGGUUUCCGCCGUGGAACCUGGAUAUUUAGAUUUCGAUAACUUACCCGAUACGAAUUUUUCAUGCGAAGGAAAAGUAAUAGGAGGAUAUUACGCUGAUGUCGAAACGGGCUGUCAAAUGUUUCACGUGUGUACAAUUGGACAAAAAUCUGAAAUCACGGAUAUUAAAUUUCUUUGUCUGAAUGGAACCGUAUUUGAUCAAGAAACUCGAGUAUGCGAACGAUUGGAUGAAGUAGAUUGUAGCAAAAGUGAAAGUUUCUUUGAUUUAAAUCUUGAACUGUACGGCAAUAAUGGCGGAGGAUACGGAAUACAGCCAGAAGACGAAAAUCCAUCUCACGAUGGAGAUCAAGCCAACUGCGACGAUGAAUACGAAGACGACGGAAGCUGUAAAAAGGUAGAACCGAACCAAAAACCAAAUGUUAUGGACAUCCAAGAAGAAAUUGAAUACGACUGGGAAGAAAUAAACUCGGCUUUAUCGACAACACCCGCUUCCGAAUCAUCUUCGACCACGCAAGCCACAACUACAACGAAACCAAUCACAACAUCACACAGGCCUUCCUCGACACCAUCAGCGAAUCCGCCAAAAUUCCAUUACAGGCCCGAAAUUGUUCCUAUUUCUACUACGACACCGAACACGGUUCUUCAAUUGUUAGCCUUACACGAAGCAUUUCAAGAAAAUUUAAAGCGACGAGAUCCGCAAUUGAAUAGUAAAUUUCCACCGAACGUGUCGCCGACUCAAAAGCCAAGUCCGACGAAAACGUCAUCGGUGCCUCAUCCUCCUUAUCAACUUUCGAAUUCGCCUCAAAAUCAUUUCAUAACGAAUUCUAACAAGUUACCAAAUUCGCUGCCUAAUCUAAGUCAAAACGUUCAGUUUAGUAAUUUAGCGCCUAAUCGCAGUCCGCCUCAUUCGACUCAUAAAGCGGAACCUGUUAAUAAUUUUUUUAACAAACAACCCAGUCAAAAAGUACCUAAUAAAACGAUAGCCAAUCAUUCGCCCACACUAGCGAGUUCGACAAAUCAAAAUGUGCAGCCAUUAUAUGCUUAUAAAAUUUUAGGCAAUGAGGGCACCGGCACCGGUGUGAAUCGGUACAGACCACCGAGUAUACAGCCCAGUAAGCCCGUAGUGGAAAUGUACAAAAUAGAGACUGUCCCGCAACUUGCUCAUUCUACUUUCACAAUCACUCAAAAUAAACCUUACCUUUUGCGUUCGAAAAUGUCGCUAGAAAAGGACACGGAUUCGGAAAACGACGACGAAGCUGAAGAACGAGCGGCGCCUCGAAAAUUAGAAAAUUUUUCCCAUUCGAAUUUCGCGAGAGCUAUUCCUGAUCGACAUUCGACCCCUAAAAACGCUUCGGAUUCCGUCUCCGUGGUACUGACCACUAGUUCAGUAUCUUCUUCUAUCAGUUCUAAGCCAAGAAGUGCCAUAACGAGUAAUGCUAAUUCCGUAUCUGUAUCGAAUUCUUUGAGGAAUUCCGACAUCAACAACGGUUCCAGCGUAGUACUUUCUACCAAACUGAAAGAAGUAUCACCGUUGACGUUCAUUCAGCCCAAUAUUACCGAUAUUAAUAAAUCUUUGACCGAUGAAUCGUACUACGAAGAAACCAGAGCCGAUUACGAUGAUAAUGCUCAAGAAUAUAAAGAUAUUUUAUACCAGACCGAUGUUCAAAAAAUUAAGCAAUAAGAUUUUCUCAUAGUCAAUCUUACCAGAAAAUGAUAAUUACCUAUAUGUGGCAGCGUUUAUGAAAAAAAGUGAUAAAAAGUGCCAUUGUAAAGGAAAACAAAGCCAAUAUCUUCUCGGUAAUCAUCGAAUAACCUUAAAAGGGAGCAAUUUUUGCAAUUAUUUUUCGUUUCAUUUUUAUUACUGUUUGCAGGGAUGCGGAGCGGAAUGAAUUUCGUUCCGGGUUCAGGGUUCAGCUCCGACAUAAAAAAUAAUUCUGUUCCGGUUUCCUGUAUCGUUCCGCUCCGAUUAAACAUAUCGUUCCGUUCCGGUUUAGCGUUCCGUUCCGCUCCGAUUUUUCUUUUUUGUUUUAGAGAAGGUUGCAUUCAAAGUACAUCAGAAUUUUCAUGUUCUGAGCAAAAAUUGAAGUUGAAAAUGUUGAAAUACCCGAAAUUUUAAAAAAAUGGUUGAAUUAGGCGCGUUUUAAUGAAAUUUAAAGUCCACCUCACUGCUCACAUGAGAAAUUUGAAUUUUGAUCGCUGAAAAUUGCAGCUUUGUUCCAAAAGUACAUUGUAUAAAUGGUCUUUUUCAUGUCAUUUACCAUGUCUUUUUACAAUUUUCUAGUUUAUUGAGGUAAAAUUUCAGCAAAAACACCUUUUGUUCACACUAUAAUCUUGAAAAUCGUUCAUUAAAGGUCAAAAAAUUUUGUUAGGUCGGAGCUUUAGAAACCCAAAUUUUUAUUCCGGUUCGGUUCCGGUUUCGCUCCUGCAUAUUUUUUGAAAGUUGCUCCAGGUUCCGUUCCGCUCCGCCAAAAUUCUCCCAAAAGUUAGGGGUUUAGCGUUCCGGUUCGUUCCGGUUCAGUUCCGCUCCGCAUCCCUGACUGUUUGUUUUUUCGUGUAGGUAAGUAUGUGAUCCAAAAAGUAGGCACGCAAAACCUAAAGUACCUACCUACAUUGGUGUUUCUUCUCCUAAUAAAAUUCCACGUAAGUUACGAUUCACGUUGUAAAAUUAUUCGAUCCUUUACGCAUAAAUUUAUAGGCAAUUUUUUGUUCCAUUAUUUUGUAUUUUUAAAAAAGAAUUUCGUUGCCAAAAAAUUAUAUAUGCUUGAAAAAAAACUUCAUAAAUUUUUUAAAGUAAAACUGGUCAGAAAUUUUUGAAAAUUUCCGCAAUGGAUGUUCAUUAUAAUUAUUUUUGAUAGUAAAUUAUGAAUCAUGUACUUUACUUAUAUAUUUUAUUCAUAUUUUUUAUAUCGUUGAAAUAAAGUUUAGUAUUGCUUUUCA